UGCGCCGCCGCGCGACGUAAUAGGCAGGCGGCGCGUCAGGGACCGAUCGACAGGGUUGGACCCUUUGAAGCCAACCUGUCAUCACCCUCAUUGAACUUUACAACGUGCCAGUCUCGUGUAGGUAUUCACUCCUUUAUUUCUCUUUAUCGCAUUGUCUUGCAGAAGAUUGCUGUCAUUCACGCCUGCCCGUCCUUUUCCACGCCGCUCAUCCAUCAUCGCUUGCGACAACCGCCAGCCCGACUCCCCCAAUCCUACGGCAGCGAUGGCACGCUCCAAGCAGCCCGCCAUGAAGCGCGAAUCUUCUUCCGAGUACUUUAACAAGAAGACGUCAACGUGGGAGGACUCUUCCAACGGACAGCAGGCUGUCGCUCAGAACAAAGCUACCAACGGUGUGGCCAAGGCCAGUGGGAGUCUGGCGGACAAUGCGAUCGCAGAGGACAAGGGUGCCGGGAUUGUACAGCUCGUGAUCGCCGUGUCUGGCAUCUACGCAUCUUUCUUGACAUGGGCAUAUCUCCAGGAGAAGCUCACAACGACACCGCACGGUCUACGGAACGAAGUCUGGCACUUUCCCGUCUUCCUCAACACUAUCCAGUCGCUCUUCGCCGCCACCGUCGGCAUCGUCUACCUCCUCUUCUCGACGCCUCGUGGCCAGCCCACGCCGCCCGUCAUCCCCUCGACGCGCAUCCUGGGGCCCCUCGCCCUGGUGGCCAUCACCAGCUCGCUCGCCAGCCCCUUUGGCUACGCCAGCCUCGCGCACAUUGACUACAUCACCUUCCUCCUCGCCAAGAGCUGCAAGCUCCUGCCCGUCAUGUUCCUGCACAUCACCGUCUUCCGCAAGCGCUACCCGCUGUACAAGUACCUCGUCGUGGCGGCCGUGACGGCCGGCGUCGCCGUCUUCACCCUGCACUCGGGGUCCAAGAAGAAGAAGGCGUCCCGGCUUUCGGACGAGGCCAACGCAUCGUGGGGCCUGCUGUUGCUGAGCAUCAACCUGCUCUUUGACGGCCUCACCAACAGUACCCAGGACUACAUCUUCACGUCGUUCAAGCCGUACACGGGCCCGCAGAUGAUGUGCGCCAACAACCUCAUGAGCACCCUCGUGACGGGUCUGUACCUCCUGGUGAGCCCGUACAUCGCCGGGACGGGCGUGGGCGAGUGGUUCGGCAUGGCUGGCGGCGUGGACGGCGGCGAGCUGUCUGAGGCGCUGGCGUUCAUGGGACGGCACCCUGCUGUGUGGCGUGACGUCCUCGGUUUCGCGGCCUGUGGUGCCGUGGGCCAGGUCUUUAUAUUCUACACCCUGGCGACUUUCUCGUCGGUUCUGCUCGUUACAGUCACCGUGACGAGGAAAAUGUUCACCAUGAUCUUGUCGGUCGUGGCGUUUGGCCACCGCUUGACGCAGAUGCAGUGGCUGGGCGUUGGGCUGGUGUUUGGCGGCAUCGGCGUCGAGGCGGCGAUUGCGAGGAGCGAAAAGGCGGCCAAGGAAGCCGCAAAGAAGAAGCAAUAGACGAUAUAUAGAAUGGCGCAUAGAUUUUGGGUUUUGGAGAUAACGUAUAGAAAUUGCCGUUCAGGCAUAUACUGGCCAAUCAAGCACAUCACAUGGACAAU